UUGGUUUUGGGGAGACACAAAUGGGUGUCUACAAGUCCUUUUUUUUAUUUUUUAUUUUAGGUCUGUUGGUAGGUGAUGAAGUGGAGCUAUUCUGCCUUUUUUGGGAGCUUAUAAUGGAGCUAAUUCUGUACAAAGGACUAAUGCUGCUACUAACUCAGCAAUUAGGAAUUAUGACUAAUUUUAGUGGAUGAUUGUUUUUGUAAUUUGCAAACAAUGACAACUUUUGGUUUGUAAUUAAACUUUAAAUUAUGCUUUCCCUCCCCCCCCCCCCAACCCAAAUCCAAAACAGUGUUGUUGAUGUUGUAUGGGAAAUGAAUGGAACAGGCAAUCCCCAUUUAAAUAAGGGGCUUUUGGUAUUGAAAUUUAGAAAGUCCAAAAAAUUUAAAAGUGUUUUCAAUUGAUUUUAAACUUUUCAUGAAAAGUUUGGAGGGAAAUUAAUUGGAGCUGCCAGUCAAAAAGAGAGGGAAAAAAGUAAGGAAAAAAAAAGGGCCACAUGGGUCUCCGUAGAAAUUGGAACCACAUAAUUUCCCUCUCUUUUUUAACUCACCUAAUUACAUACCUUUACUAUUUAAUACACCCCCUUAAAACUUUUCCAACCUUUGUUGCGAAUAACUCGUAACGGAGGGAGUAUUAUUUACCUCCAACUAAACAAGACCUAAUUUUUAUUACACCAUAACUCCAUAACAGAGUGCUCUAUCUCUAUGACUUUAUCCAUGCCGUAAGCUGCUAAGAGUGCUUACUGUGAGUCUGUGACGUUUGUCAAUAUUAAUGUUGUGGGAUGAUGGCUCAAAUCGCUCAAUGUACCACUGGAGUUAAUUUUUUGCAAGGAACAACCUUAUCUUCCAAUAAAUAUAGCUUUCAUGGGGUUUGCAGCCAACCCCUGGUGUUAAUUACUUAUAAUAAAGCAUGUUUAUAUCAUGGAAAAAUUGCCAAUUUUCACAGAAAUGGAGGGGUUUCAUCUUCACCUUUAGUAGGGUCCUGGGAGGUGUCAAGUAAUGCUGCAAGCAUCUCUUGUAAGGCCAAAGAUCAUGACAGGGAGAAAGGCUUUCCACCUAUACAAACUCUUCAAAGAUUCCCUAAAGAGGAGCUUUCUGCAAAAGUUGUCAUGGUCAGAUUUGAUUCUUCCAUCCUGCUUCACCAGGAUCUGGACGAAUCUGUCUCAAAAAUUUCCAAUGCACUAUUAACUAUUAAAUACAUAUAUGAAGCCGUAGCAAAGGUAGUUUUGGCUAGUAGUUGGACAAUCAAAUGCAACUCCAAGGUUUUAUCUGAAGAGACUGUUGCAGCAGAAUUCCUUUCAUCAGUGCUCAAAUUGAAGGUUCUCCCUAGUCAAUGCUUUUAUGAACACCAGCAGCCAAAUUUGGAGAAAGUUGAGGAAGUAGAUAUCAUUCUUCUUGAAAAUCUUUCAAACUACAAACAAGAACUUGCCAACAACUCAGAAUUUGCUAGGAGAUUAGCUUCCGGGAUAGAUAUUUUUGUCAACGAUUCGUUUUCAACAGCUCACAAAAUUCUUGCAUCAACUGUUGGAGUUACCCAGUUUUGUUAUGCUUGCCUAGCUGGGUUUUAUUUUGAAGAGUGUUUGGCCAAAUUGAAGACAAUUCCAGAAUGUGAACUGAGUCCCAGUGUUGCAGUGGUAGGAGGAGUAAAUAUUAAGGACAAAGUAAAAGCCUUGCGUGUUUUAGCAUCUAAAUGUGAUGGUUUAGUUUUUGUGGGGAUGAUGGCGCUACAAAUUAUGCAUGUCAUGGGAAAGCCUGUUCCCUUAUAUUUGGUUGAACAUGAAGGAGUCAAAGAGGCUCUAGAAAUAGUGAGGUAUGCUGAAAGUAGAAGCAUACAUAUUCUAUUACCAAGUGAUUUCUUAUGCAAGCAUAAUCACUUGCAGAUGCAAGAAAAAUCAUUUCUUGCUCAUAAUAUCGUGGAUGGUAAGUUUCUCCUAUUUUGAGUUUUCUCUUGCAUUUUGUGUGGGAAAAUUGGAUAAAAUUAUUUUAUCCUUGAAACACUUAUAUUUCAAAUGUGAUGGAAAGUGGGAUUUCAAUCACAUGUGUCGAGCCAAAGAAUUUAGUGUGUUGUUGGUAGAUGAGGAGGGGAGUGAGGAGGAAGAGCAUGACCAUGAGUUCGCGUCCUUAGAAGCUUCCCCAACCAAGGAGACGGAGGAAAUUCCAGCAGCGGUCUCAAUGAUUUCAUUAGCCGGGAUAACUAAUCCUAAGACCAUGAAAUUGACCGGAAAAAUCAAGGGUGAAAAGGUGGUAAUGAUGAUCAAUCCGGGGGCAACUCACAACUUUAUAUCCUUGCACAUGGUUGAGCAAUUGGGCAUACUGGUAGUAGGAAGUGGGUCCUUUGGAGUAUCUCUUGGCAAUGGUGAAACCGUGAAGGGUCGAGGUUCGUGUGUAGGAGUGCAACUUGAGUUGGAAGAAGGAGUAGUAAUAGUUGAGGACUUCUGUAACACCCCAAUAAUUCUCUCUGUAAAUACCCUGAACAAAAUCCAAGAAAAUUACUGGCGUGCUACCGCCACGUGUUCAAACGUUAAGGCUUUUUCAGAAAAUAGUAGCGGAAAACUAAAUCAAGUAUAUAUAAGUUUCAAAACCAACAACCAAAUUAAAUCUUACAUCUUGGAACCCUUAAGGCCCUUUUUCAAAAUCCCACAAAAGUAAUAAAUAAAUAAAACCAUAGUUUAAAUAAAUUCAAACUUAUGAAAAGAAAUAAACUGCGAAU